CAGUUGCCACAGGUGGUUGUAGUAGUAUUCUCCGGGUUUUUAUUUGUACUUUCCCCUACUUUUCCUUGUGUUUUUUUUUUUCUCCUUUCUCUCCGGGCUGCGCUCUGUCUGGUUGAAUUUGAAUAGACUUUGGGAGGCAACGUCUCCAGUGUACAGCAGCAGCACAAAGUCCCCCCCGUGCUUUGAAAAACAAAACAAAAAAAAAUAUGGCGGGAUCGGAGGACCACGGCGCCUCGCAGAUUGAAUCAACCACUGGAAAGCGAUGCGUCUUGGAUUAGUUUUAAAGCUGUGAGGAGGGAGGGAUUUUUCGAACAGUUUCUCGGGUCCCGCCGGAGUUAGUGGUAUGAAAUAAACAUGCCCUUUCAUCAGAGGAGCAUCGAGCCCAGGCAUGUGAGCAGGCUGUCGGCGAGGGAUGGCAGGACGCCGGUGGAGGACAACGGGAGACCCAAGCUGAAAAAACCCGUGUUGUUCUCGUCCCUGGACGAGGUCGGCUGUCACACGCUCACCAGCAUCAUACACCAGCUCUCGGACCUCUCCCGACAUGCCAGCGACGUCUUCCUGGGCAUCGAGAUGGAGGCGGGGAUGGUGUUCAGGAGGUCCUGCAGGAUUCAGGGGCGGCUGCAGAGGCUGCAGGGGGAGAUCCGCAAGUUGGAUCCCAAGAAAGUCAGAAUCCCCGUGUCUAACCUGGAUGAGGAGAGCAAGUGGACGGUUCAUUACACAGCGCCAUGGCACCAGCAGGAGAAUGUCUUCCUACCAGGCAGCAGGCCGCCCUGCGUAGAAGACCUCCACCGUCAGGCCAAAGUCAACCUCAAGACUGCCCUGCGAGAAUGUGACAAGUUGAGGAAAGAUGGUUUCCGGAGCUCUCAGUACUACUCUCAGGGUCCCACCUUCUCGGACCCCGCACAGUCCACCAGCAGCCUGCAGGACGACGAGGAUGACGACAUUGAUAAGAAGUCCACAGCUUCAUCGGCGGAGGACGACAAAUCUCAGCUCUCCAUGAGGAGCCAGACCCCACUGGGUGAAGGAGGGGAGGGGUCUGAGUUUGACGGGCAGGUGGUAUGGACCAAGGCCCCGCCCCUCCCCACCCCAGAAGAGAAGAUGAGGCAGACGGCCAAGGCCGUGCCCACAGACAUAGUCCCUAUCAACGUCACAGGGGCAGUGUUUGACCGACAGGCGAGCAUCCGGCGCUCCCUCAUUAACACUGACACCGUGUCCCGCCGGCCCAAGAAGGUCAAACGCAGAAAGACUAUAUCAGGGCUGCCUGACAACAUCAACCAGGAGCUAGCAGCAAAAGGAUACGGCGGAGAUCUCCGGCCACAUUCCAUGUUCCUACCAGGACACUACUCCACCUUGAGCAGAGUCGGGAGCGUCAACUCGACGCUCCGACGUUCACAGACCAGAGAUUCCAGCUGCCAGACGGAAGAAGUGAAGAUUGUACCGCCAUCCAUGAGAAGGAUCCGUGCACAGCGAGGACAAGGAAUCGCUGCUCAAAUGGCCGGCAUUUCUGCUUCUUCAUCAACAGGAAGUAUAUCCAUCUCGAGUAGUGACAGCUCUGGGAUCUUGAUGAUGCCGCAUCACUUCAACGGAGACCCUUCCCGUUUUCACAGUCUGCCCCGACAAGGUGCCAGGGUGUCGCUCAGCGCUGACCCCAUCUAUAGCAGCACCCCCAUCAAGUCGCUGGAGCAGACUACUCCUCAGAGGCAGAUUGGAAAGCUACAGGUUGAUGAUACAGUGGUGCAUUUGAGAAACAUCCCGAGGACAGGCACGCUGCCCAGACCCAAGUCUCAAGAACUUAGAGGGACACAGUCCAGUGACUGGGGUGGUGGUCCAGCAUGUAUGGUCUCGCCACAUGCUGCCUACUCCACCUCAGUCAUCCCUAACGCCACCCUAUCCAGCUCCUCUGAGGUCAUCACACUAAACACCACUAGUCAGCUCUCCCACUCCCCAACCUCGGCUUACCCGACAGCGCGGCCACUCAGUCUGGCUUCCUCCACCAACACAGACCCCCUGAUCUCCAGCCCAGCAGCCUUCACCCACAGCUCCACCUGCCCAGCCUUGACCACCUCUACCCCGAAUCGUACCCAACAGGAUGGUGGUCAGGUAGUCAAAGGUCCUGCCAGCGAGUCAGGGCACUCGGACAGCAGUGUACACAGCCAUAGCACCUUGGCCCCCACACCGCCAUCCUGCCUGCCGGAGGAGCAGUGGAUCUACGACACGCCGGAAAAUGUUGUGGCUCCACACCGCACUCUGACCUCCAGCUGCUCCACUCCUAUUAACCAGCUGUAUAACAGCCUGGACCACUCCUCCAGGACCACUACUGACUCCAGCUCUGUCUACUCCCAAGACAACGAUGGGUACUACACCUCCAUGCACAUGGACUCAGGCCUUCGCUCUCGAAGCCACGGCAGUGGACAUGGUGCAGCAGCUGGAAGAGCCACCAGGCACAGCAUGUACGAGUGUCGCGAGAUGGCCAAUCAGGAAGACUCUGGUAGCUUGUACAGCGACCGCUCUCUGUCCCGCAGCAUCUCCCUCCGCAAGUCCAAGAAGCCUCCACUGCCCCCGGCUCGCACAGACUCUCUUAGACGUAAACCUGGACCAAAAAAGCCCCUAGGAGGCGUAAGCGCCAUCAGCGGCGGUAAUGAGCCAAAUGGCGCCAUGCUCAACGAGACUCUUAUUGCCAGCUUGCAGCAGAGCCUUCAGAUGGGCCUGAGAGGAGGGAAAGGUAAAGGAGCCUCACCGUCUUCACCCUCUCACAGCCCGAGCAGUGACUAUGAUGACCCUUGGGUGCUACGGCCACGGAGUCAGAGCAGCAUCAGUGCAGGUAGCUCUGCUGCGUCCCUAGCAGCUAACACCAACGGUGGCAAUGCGUCUAAUGUGUACUCGCUCUGCCAUGUGACGCCUGCUCACAGCGAGACGAGCAGCUUGCGCUCAGACUAUGCUGACUCCUGGGGAUACUACAUGGACUUCCCUCAUAACCACGGCGACCAGAGGGCACAGACUCCCCCAGCCCACGCCACAGAUAACAUGUCAGCUGGUCCUCACCCAGGAGAGUUGCAGAAUGGAGGCGAGAUUCACAGCAACAGCCAGGCACCUCGAGCUCAGGGCCAGGAGGGAGGGGUAGCAGUCAAGCCCAAAAUGUCCACCUCCUCACCGGACAGGGUGCACAGACUGACCUCCCCGUCAAGCGGCUACUCCAGCCAGUCCAACACCCCCACAGCAGGGACCCCGGUGCCCUCCUUCAUCAGGUCCAUGUCUCCCUCCGGCGGCCGGCCCAAGCCCAAAGUGCCUGAGAGAAAGUCAUCUCUCCUCUCCUCCGUAUCCAUGUCCUCCUCUUCCACCUCCCUCUCCUCCAACACCUCCGACUCACUUAAAAGCACCGGACCUCCUCCGCCACCUCCUCCACCCCUGCCCCUCUCUUCCUCCUCAGCUCCCAACACCCCUCUCGGCCCACCUCCACCCUUCCCUCCCCCUCUACCUCCAACGACCACUGUGGGCACUCCUCCGCGAGCUCCCCCAUUACCACCCCUUGCCUGCUCCAUCUCCCCAGAGUUCCCUCCUCCUCCAUCCCCUGACAUGCUAAUCCCCCCCAGUUCAUCCUUCAAUGGGAGCUUCAGUCCUCCCCCUCCACCUCCACCUCCUUUCCCCUCCAUGGGGCCACCGCCGCCUCCUCCACUGCCUUCUCUUGCCCCACCUUCCUCCUCUCCAUCUUUUGUGAAGGCAGUUAAAGAUUCUCCUAAACCAGCUCUUUCCGAGAGCCCCACAAAGUCAUCUAAGCCCCUGAUCACCCCGUUUGCACUGCAGAGCGUUCAACUCCGCUCUGUUAAACGGCCAGAGAAGGAGAUUAACGGCAAAUCAGACCACACAAAUGCUCAGGAAACGGGGAUGGACCUCCUUCACGGUCUAAAGCCCCAGACCCUGCAGAAGUCUCUCUCCGUGGAGACUCCCGCUGUGUUGCCCCUGUCAAACUACUCCCCAGAGGAAGAUUCACGUAACUCCUCACCAUCACCUGUGUCAACGCUUUUAAAUGAAUUGUCUUUGGACUGCAGCAUCACAGACUACACACCAGAUAGUGCUGUUGAAAAUGGAAAACCAGAGGAUCAAUGUUACUUUCUCUUAAAUGGAAAAGAAAGUCCCAGUCCCCCACAGAGCUCCCAAAGCUCUCCUGUCAAACAGAAGCCUCCAGCAGUCUCAAAGAAACCCAAGUUUAUCCCCCAACAAGUUACCGAACUGGUUCCAUAUCAGCUUGAGGAUACAACCAGUCUGUCUCAAAUGGAAGACCAAGUAGAUGCACCACACAGACAGACAAAGGAAGUGGUGAAAGAGAGUAAAAGUGAGCAACAGACGGAAGUGCAAACUUCAGAGAGCUCAGAGCCUCUCGAAAACAGCAGUGAAACAUCAACAGACAGCCAGGACGAGUCCCAGAUCUCUGCUUCUGCCAGCCAGGAGACAAGUUUUGACCAAGGGUUGUGUGCCAAUGGAGAAACUCUUGAAGAGGAAGAGGAAGAGGAGGAGGGAGAUGGGACAAGUAGCACGACUGGAUCCAUCAGCUCCAAGGAGGAAGACACCGGUGAGGUGUUCGACUCCAGUACGGCUGAAUCGUCUCCGGCCCCGUCAGCCAACGGGGCAUCCGAUGAGAACAUGGUGACCCCGACUCCGUCGCGGACUCGGACCACUGAGGACCUGUUUGCCGCCAUUCACAGGUCAAAGCGUAAGGUCCUGGGUCGCAAGGAGUCUGAUGAUGAGAAGAACCGGGCUGGGAGCAGCCCACAGUCUCCACCUGUCACCCCCACAGCCAUGUCCCCGGGGUCGACGUCUUCCUUGCCCCGCCAGUCGAGCUCGAUCCAGCGAAACCUCCGCAAGUCCUGCACCAGCAGCGACACCUUCAAAGCCCUGCUCCUGAAGAAGGGCAGCCGCUCAGAGACCAGCUUCAGGAUGUCGGCGGCUGAGAUGCUUCGCUCCACUGACCCUCGCUUCCAGAGAACCCGCUCCGACUCCGAGCUGGACCCCCCUGCUGCUUCACCCUCCUCGCCGACGGCGCCACACAGCCCCCUAACCUCCCCUGGCCGUGGUAAGAGGGCGACAGAAGAGUGGAAUCGCUACGAGACCUUUUCUCUGUCCUCGCCGACCUCAUCGUCCUUCUCGAUGAGCGGAUCGAAGUAUGGGCGCUCACGCACGCCGCCCUCUGCGGCCAGCAGCAAGUACAAUGCGCGCUGCCGAAUCCUCAGCAGCCCGAUGACUGUGAUCUGCGAGCGCGAGGGCGAGCUGGCUGAGAAUGAGUACGGAGACACUGCAGAGAGCCUGUCCGGACCAGCGGCCCAGACUCUCCCUAGGCUCAAAGACUCCAAUGGCACUUUAUCUGACGAGAGCAGAAGUUAAAGAGCAGUGACGGUCCCUCAGAUACAGGGAGCUGGACUCGCGCGUCAUAAGCAGGGAACAGGAAAAGGAGCCGACAGAAGGCCCUCUAGAGACACCUCCCUGAGCCCCACCCCCUCAGCGCCGCCUCUGAGGGAGUGGACACAUUUGGUCCUGAUGUGAGGUCAGAGGUCACCCCCAUCAUGGACCGGGCUGAACUGGUUCAAGACUCCCAUGAUUCUCAACUCUCUCCUUCGUUUGGUGACUCACCCUUUGUGUUAAAGGAAUAGUGUUUUCUUUUACGCCUGGUGUUCUUAGUUUGUUUUUUUACACUUGUUUUGCUGUUUGUUUUACUUCAUCAUGUCCUUAACACGCAGGAACCCUUUAGCUUUCUUUGGGUGACGAGGUUAAAGACGGCAAACUAAGGUGAUCGGAAGGAACCGAAAAGUCACAGGUUGUUUUGCUGCUGUGGUGCCGCGUAGCUAGGCAGUAGGAAAGAGUGGUAACGCGAAGGCGCGCCAGACGCUCGCUUUGGGGGAUCCUCUCAGCUCCUGCGUUGCUCCUGUUGGCUCUGUAAAGUGUUUGAGAGCACCAUGGUUUGCAAACUUCAUGCGGCCUGUAAUACACGUAAAAAAGAACUGAAGGGUGAGGUAGAACAGACAGUUCGGCGGGGUACAACCUUCAGCUGUGGUUACUGCCAGGGUUUUUGCUUUCUGCUCUUAGAUCAGCGGUUUAGUUUGCAGAGCUGGUGUGUUCAGUGGUCCAGAGGAAGUGCAGAGGGCUCAGUGCUGCCACCUAGGGAUGGACAGGAAGUGAACUACGAAAAGGUUCAACCAAAACAGAAAAAUGUACUCUUGUAGAAAAGAGGCUCAUAAAACGUCUAUUAAAUGAAUUUUUAGCUUGAGAUUUUGCACUGUGCGUAGGUGUUUUUCUUCGUUUGUGACUUCAAAAAAGUAUGUUUUAAGGACCGUUUUAAUAAACAAGUGAUGUCAUGACCUGUGUUUGGGAGUUGGGUAUGAAUCUAUAAUUGUAAACGCUAGAAAUGACAUUAGUCGCAGAAGAAGCUAAUUUCUGGGUCUUUUUUUUUUUUUUUUUAAGUGAUGGUGUUGGUUACCAAAGAGCUGAAAAUAAAUUAAUCUGGACGUGAACACAAUCAGAGAGUGCGACUGCUUGUCUGACACCCAUGCAUCCGGUCCAGCUGUUGCUGUUUGCUGAGACCUUUCUAGCAGCUUUUAGGGCUAAAAUGAUUUCUUUAAGGAAAAAAAAAAAAAAAAAGCUAUUGACUUUUAUCUUUUUGCAGUUAUAUAUGGUUCUGUAUAUACAAACAUAGAGAGAGGAGUUUGACAUUAUUUUGACUUAUUUUCAAAGACUUUGUACAUUUUUAGAGCCCUGUGUUUGCUGGAAGGGAGUGGUUUCCUUUUUUUUUUUUUUCUUUUUUAGAUUAUUUAUUUUCACAUAGCAGGGCUGCAGUACGAUGUCACGAUCAGGGGGCGACCAGCGAGGUGAUGGAGUUUGUCCGAGGGGCCACAUUUACGACGCUGAUCCCGGCGGGCCAUUUCUUUCUUUCUUUCUUUCUUUUUUUUAAAAAGGUGCUUCACAGUUAGAAAAAAAUGCAAUAAUGUUAAUAUUUCUGCUUAAGCCUUCUACUGCCCUUAAUCUCGAGUCAUGCUGAGCUCACGCUGGUGCUCGCAGCCGAGUAAAUGUGGUCUCUUUCGAGUCAUAAACUGAGGCGACAGGCGUGAGACUCCCUAACCUCCUAACAGCCAUAGCGCCCUGUGGUUUAAUCACCUGUGACCAAAGUGUGUCUCCCGGCUCCCGCCCCGGCUGUGAUCGAGCACCCCGGGCUCGUCUCAUGACGGGAGGCGGCGUCUUAAUCGCGGAGAGCCCGUGAAAAGAAAGACGAGAGUGCAGAGGAAGCGGUGGAGCUGAGGGCAGGCUGCUAACGCUCUUGUGUAUGUCUGUGUAAUAAAAACAAGGUGAUAUUUAAAGA